GAACGGGAGUAACGCGUCGCUCUCGGGAACUCCAUGGAGCCGCGCGACCUGAGCCACUUACAGCGGCGGCUCCAACAGCAGAGAGGCCUCAGGGAUGUCCUUGAUCAGUCUGCUUUGGAACUACGCAAGACAGUGUCUCAAUUGGAAAAGAGAUUAGACCACGUUGAAGAUGAAGGCAGUGAAUGGAAGACUAGGUAUGAAACCCAACAGGAGCUGAACAGACAGCUGAAAAAGCAAAUUGUACUUCUCCAAGAAAAGGUGGAACAUAUUCGUGGCAAUCCUGCUGACCGACUGUCUUCUGUGCGUUCAUAUGAGGAAAUGCCAGAGGGUGCACUAAAACAACUGAUAAAGCAACUCGAAAAAGAGAAGAAAAGCCUUCAAAACCAGCUGAAGGAUUACGAAUGGAAAAUAGAGCAUGAAGCAAAGGGUUACCAUAAAACCAUUGAUGAACGUCGCACAUACCUAGCUGAAAUUGCACAGAUAUCCUUAUCUAUUGAAACAUCAAAGAAGCAGCAAGCAAUGGGAUCCAGAGAAAAACAAGCUUUGAAAGGAAAGUACAAUGUGCCAACUACUCACAGGAUAUUAGAUCUCAAGAAAGGACCAAUUAAAAAGACUGCAGCAGUGAAACAGCUCCCAAAAUUGAAGCAUUGACGUUGGAAUAUUAUGGAACAGACGCAGCGUUCUCUAUGUGAAAGAAACAUGUUAAUUAUAGUAUUUAUGCCCAAAUUUAGAAGAGUUAUUUAACUGUCACAUCGCCUUUAUUGCAGAUAUAUUUAGUUUUUUUCAACCUGGGGUGAUUUUAGGAAGUUUAAAUAAUAUUUUACAGAUUUAGUUAUUUUUAAACCGUAUUAGUCAUGCUUGAAAAGUUUUUCUUCAUUUGAUUCCAACUCCUCAAAUGCACUCUUUGGCUGGGAAUGAGUGCAACUUGAAUUAUUAUUCUUGUCAAAAAUAAUUGUUCAGGCUCCACAGCAACCCACUGAGUCACUGUAGAGACCUCUCCCCAAUGCGUUUUGGGAGAACAUCAUUCUUGCCUUUAGUUUUACAGUCUGUAAGUAGUUGCAUUUUUCUCCUUCAGAAAAAUCUUUCAGUCCCACUCAGAUAUUCUAAAGUUAGUGUACACUUCUUGGGAGAUACUAGUCAAAAGUGUCCAUUUUCUUUCUGUUUAGUCUGUAGAGUUCUUAAUUUCUUAAGCAUUUAAUCAAAAUAAUAAUAAUAAUCCUCGCAACAAAAACAGAAGUCACUGGGAACACUCAGGAGGUCAGGCAGCAUCAA